AUGUCUCCCAUCGCAAACCACCACCACUCCCCAGCCCAACCCAGCCCACCCCCAACGCGAACAGGCCCCAUCCAACCGCACAUCUCCCACCUCCCACGGCGCCGCAGGCUACACACGCGGCACUAUCAUGCCCUCGCACCUACACGCAGGAAAAAGAAGUUAGAGAGGGACAUGUGCAUGCAGCGUGUUGCGAGCGGUGUAUGGGUGGCUUUUUGUCCGCACCUGGAUGGGUCGUCUCCUUAUAGUAGUGAAGAUGACGUCGAUGAAGUUUAUCGGGGAGAAGAACGGGAAAUGGGUGUUUGGGAUAAGGGGUUGGAGGAGAGGUUUGGGAGGAUCGUUAGGAUUGUUGAUAACGCGUCCCCGUCUAGCCCUAGCCCGAGCAGUGGCUUGACGUUAACGCUGGAUGGAACAGGGGAGGGCGCAGAUGGUGUUUCGCUCCUUACAAACACACAGAUCCAUGAAGGGUGUACUUUUUUGCGUACCACUCCACCCUCCCCACCGCCGCCGCGGUACUCUUCCUUCCCACCUACCCCUCCUCCCGCUCAUUCACCACGGGGAAACAGGAACACCAAAGAGGGAGUACUGAUACUCGCACCGCGCACGAGGGCCGCUGACGCGCUUAGCCUUGCGGCUGCUUAUGUUGUUGCUACCCGGGGAUCCGGAUGGGGGAAGGGGGUUGAUACCCCUCCCAGGACUCCACCUACGUCUACGAAAGUGGUGCUGGACGAUACCACAUUUUCCGCUUCCCUGUCUUUCACGGAUACCCGGUGGAACUGCGAAGCUACUACCACUACUCCCCCUUCCACCGGCAACAGCCUCAACGCACACCCCAACUCGAAUUCGUCCCGUGAAGAGGACGUUGACGCAGAGCAAGAUAUAGAGCUAGACAUGACGCACCCCAUCGCGGAGUGGUCUGCCCGCGUCGUUCCUUGUUCCCCUCUUCCAUUACAACUAGAACUAGACGAGGAGGAGGAGUAUACACCUAUCCAUGCCCUCUUGAUGAGGUUACAUGAUUCCGAUAGCCCUGGUGUUGAGGAGGAGGAAGAGGAAGGAGGGGAAGAAGAACGGGGGUUAAGAGAUGAAUGGCGUGGUGUACUUUCUUGGGAGGGGAUGUGGAGGGUUUGGGAAUGUGUGGGGGGGAUGAAUGGAUAG